AACUAUAAAUGCUUCCUUGUCCCAAAAGACCUAAACCUUCAUCUUUUUCUAUCUCUUCUUUCUCUUCCUCUCUCUUAUACACUCACAAAUGUCAUCACUGAACCAUCUUUUUGAUCUUCCUGAACAGAUAUGUUACGUACAAUGCGGAUUCUGCACCACUAUAUUAAUGGUGAGUGUUCCAUGCAGCAGUUUGUCAAUGGUGGUGACAGUAAGAUGUGGUCACUGCACAAGCCUUCUUUCUGUUAACAUGAUGAAAGCUUCUUUUGUCCCUUUCCACCUUUUAGCAUCUCUUAGUCAUCUUGAGCCAAAAGAAAGUAGUCCAGAACAACACGAUGGUAACAAGACUUUGAACAGCCACAGUGCAUCCCUCAUGACCUAUUCUGAUUGUGAGGAAGAGGAUCUCAUUCCAAUGAGUAAUAUUGUGAAUAAACCUCCAGAAAAGAGACAGCGAACGCCAUCAGCUUAUAACUGCUUCAUCAAAGAAGAGAUUAAAAGGCUAAAGGCUGAAAACCCUGACAUGGCUCACAAAGAAGCAUUUAGUACUGCUGCAAAAAAUUGGGCCAAUUUUCCCCCAACUCAGUGCAAAGGAGAUGAUCAAGAAAGCUGUAGCCAGACAGAUCAAGUUGUGGAUCUUGACUCCCAAGUGGACCCUCCUGAUGCUGAGGUGAAUGAAGAAGAUGGCGAAGGUUUCCGUGGAAGAAAGGUCCAAAGGAACUCCAUGUUUGAAAGGACAGCAUUUGAGUGAAGAAAGUUCAGUUUUUGUGACAUGACAAGAGACCUGUUUUGUGUCUUAACAUUAAGGUUGCCUCUAAAUCAUUUUCCCAAAUGAAGAAAAGAUGUUCUUUCUUGGUAAUGAAAAUGAAUUAAGUAGGAUUAAGAGUUCACAAUUUGAGACUUUGAGAAGUGAUUAAAUUGAUAGUUUUAUCUGACAGCUCCAUUAAUUAGUCUUCUUGACCACAAAUGUAUUUUUGUUUUUUGCUACUGCAAAUGAAAAUUGGAUUUUUAAAAAA